AUGGCUAAUACGAUUGACACUUCAGCGUUAAAAAGCGUCGCUAGUCAAGAUGCUCCAUUGAAAGGAGUUUCUAAGACUUUUAAUGAUUUGAUUGAGACAUCUAAAAACCUACCAUCCACAUCGUCAGAAUUGGGGUCGGUUUUAUUAAAUGUCAAUGAAAUUAGAAAAAGAGCAGCAGAAUUGAGAGCAAAAAAUACGGAGCUAAGGUCUUCUCAUCAUACUAGAGCUCAUUACUUAUUAGCGGGAAGUGGACUGGCCAUUCAAGACGUGGAAUCUUCCCUAAAGGUUCUAGAAUCCAGACAACUACUUGAACAAAAUGUGCAUAACAAAAUUCUGGAUGGAGAUCUGGAUACCUACCUGAGAAACAAGAAAGAUGAGAAUAUUCUUUCUUCAAUUGAGCAGUCAUUAUCCUUAGCUGCUAAAGAUUUUGAUAACUUUGUAAACGCUAACUUCAAUCUAGACUGGAAACAACGCAAGGAAGAAGUUCGCAGUAGCUUUUUGGGAAUUAUGUGGAAAAACGAUUCAGCUUACAAUGCUUCGGCACCAGUCAGUGAUAGUUCUGUUGUUACGUGGCCAAAAAAGGGAAGUGGCAUCUUGGAUGGCGAAUCAAAGUUAAACAUUAAUGAGAAUUAUGUGGUUAGAGAAAAAUUUGAAAGAUACGCAAGAAUCGUCAAUCGGUUCAAUAAUGCCAGGCAAUCUAACAACAGUUUCCCAUUCGCUAAGGAAUUUAUUGACGUUUUCGAUAACUCGGCUGACUCGAAGCAUAGACAGUUGUUAGAGGCCUGGAAAUUUUUGGAUUUCUAUCAUUCGGAAGCAGAUUCAAUGAAUGUAGUCGAAAUUUCAAAAAAAUAUCUCGAAAACCAAUUUAUGGAAUAUGUUGACACACUAUAUAAGAAGAAUCGCAAUGGGGGUUUACCAACUAAUAUAAAUAAGGUCAAAUCGUUCAUCGAAAGCAAACUAAAAAAUCCAAAUAAUACAUGGAAGUUUGGAAAUUUAACGGUCGUCAAUGGCAUUCCUGUAUGGGCGUUAAUAUUCUACCUCUUAAGGGCUGGGCUAGCUCAAGAGGCCUUAGAAGUUGCCAUUAAUAAUAAGUUAAGCUUGAAAAAAGUUGAGCAAUCUUUUCUAGCUUAUUUCAAAGCAUAUGUGGCAUCAAAGGAUAAACGUCUCCCUCAAGAAUUUGUUACGAGGUUGCAUACUGAGUAUAAUCAACAUAUUAAGAAUUCUUUGGAUGGCGAUCCUUUUAGAUUGGCCGUAUACAAGAUUAUCGGAAGGUGUGAUUUGACUAGAAAGAAUAUUUCGACAAUUACAUUAAGCGUUGAAGAUUGGAUGUGGGUCCAUUUUAUGUUAAUUAAGGACGAUAUUGCUAAUGAUGACCCUGUAUAUGAAAGGUACAGCCUGCUUGAUUUCCAAAACAUAAUCACGACAUAUGGUUCAGCUAGCUUCAGCAACAACUACUUACAAGUACUACUACUAAGUGGACAGUAUGAAUUAGCGGUCCAAUAUGCAUAUUCAAUUAACGAACUUGACGCCGUUCAUCUAGCAAUUGCUUUAGCUGAUGCCAAACUCUUACGGGUAACAGAUAAUGUUACAGAUGACGAGUUUUCGGUGACCCCAAAUAAUGAAAGAAGAGUGAAUUUUGCUAAGAUUUUGGGUAAUUAUACAAAAUCCUUCAAAUUUUCGGAUCCACGUAUUGCUGUGGAGUAUUUACUUUUGAUUGCAUUAGUAGAUGAUAAGAAACAAGUUGAACUUGCCCAUGAGGCGCUGAGAGAGUUGGUAUUAGAAACAAAAGAGUUUACUAUUUUACUUGGUAAGAUCAAUAGGGAUGGAACUAGAAUACCAGGUAUUAUCGAAGAGAGGCAGCCACUCUUAUUUUUGGCAGAUAAGGAGGACUUUUUGCAUAAGAUAACAGAGCAGGCGGCUAGAAGGGCAGAUGAAGACGGAAGAGUACACGAUAGCUUGCUCUUAUAUCAAUUAUCAGAGGAAUAUGAUAUUGUUAUCAGUAUUGUAAACAAACUCUUGAGUGAAAUGUUAAGUAACACAGAUUUGGACCAGCCCUUACUGAAGCAAGAUGAUAACAAUGAAACAAAUCCUUUCUUGAUUGCGAAGAAGCUAAUUGACGUUUAUAUCAAGAAUUUGGAAAUCUCAAAGAAGGUUCAUAGAAAGAAUAAGGAAACAUGUAUUUUGUUGUUAAAGCUAGUUGAUAUCAGACGGACUUAUAUUGCCCGCCAGUAUCAGAAUACCCUUAAUCAAAUUGAAGAACUAGAUUUACUUCCAUCGGUAGAUAGUUCAUCACCCAGAAAAAAAGCACAAGAAUUCCGCAACCUUGAUGAAUGCAUUAUCAAGAACAUCCCCAACUUAUUAAUUAUUGCAAUGUCUUGUGUCUCAAACCUAAUUAAACAACUAGGGAAGGGUCCAUUCGUCAAUUCAGCUACUGAGGCCCAGAUAGAAGCACUCAGAAGAGUUGCGAAUAAUUACAUGAUAUACAGGGGAAUGAUCCAAUACAAGAUGCCUAGAGAAGUUUAUAAUGCCUUGAUCAAUCUUGAGAUAGGAAUAUGA